UGAUACCUCUCCUUUUUAUUAUUAUCAUUAUCCUUAUCCUUAUUAUCAUAAUUCAUCAUAUUCUUCUUUCUAAGCGCAAUCAACCUUUAAUGUAUGUUCAAUUUUCAACCACCGUCGACGGCCGGCCAUUGUGAUCUGAGUUGGCUUUUUUGUACUUUGCAUGCAUGUCAGCUAAUAAUAUACCAAUGACAGGCCGGAGUAGGUCAGCACUGGUCCCCAACUGGAAAUAUGAUAAUCAUCACCGGCGGCCGUCGAGUUCUGUGGCGAGUAGGAGAUCACCGGCGCACUUCUUCAAGAUAAUACUCCCUUCUACCAUGGCCGACAAAAAACUGAGAAUCCCUGAAAAGUUUGUAAGGUUGUUUGGGAAUGAACUUGCAACCGUUGUUACACUCACUCUUCCCAACGGUUGUAGUUGGCAAGUGGGAUUGGAGAAAGCUGAGAAGAAGAUUUGGUUUCAUGAAGGUUGGCAUGAUUUUGUAGAGCAUCAUUUUAUAGAUAAUGGCUACUUUUUAGUCUUCAGAUAUGAAGGGAAUUCAACUUUCCAUCUUCUCGUAUUUGACAAGACUGCUACUGAGAUCCAGUAUCCAUCAAGAAAAACGGAUGAUGAAAUUGACAAUAUGGUAUUGGAUGAUGAAGAAAAAUCAAGCCACGACAAGCUGAAAGAAAAUGAAAUGUCAAACAAAGUUGUGUUUUCCAUAAAACAUGAAGAUGCAGAAACAUUCGACUGGGGAAGAGUUUCUGACACAUCCGAGAAAGAAAGACUCAGGAUUUGCAGAGGAAGAGAGAGAGCAAUCCAAGCAGCCAGAACAUUGAAGCCUAUGAAUCCUUCGUUCGUGCGUUUCUUGCGGCCCCAUAAUAUACGAAAAAGUUUUAUGUUCUUUGCUGUGCAGUAUGUGCCUGCUAAAUUUGCUGCAAAAUAUCUUUCUCUGAACCAAAGUGUAAUACUUCAGACUUCUGAUAAUGGAAGACAAUGGCAUGCCAUGUGCUGUUACCAUAACAAGACCAGUUCGUCAAUGAAAAUAGCAAAGGGAUGGAGUGCAUUUGUCAGGGGCAACAAUUUGAAAGAAGGAGAUGCCUUUGUCUUUGAGCUUAUCAAGAGGAUGCCUACUGUGCUUAAGGUCUCCAUAUUUCGCGUAGCUGACUAUUACUUGAUCCAUCUCGUUUUGUUGACUGUUAGAAAAAUUUGUAAGAACCUCGCCAUUCAGACUUCAGAGACUGUUGGGAGUACAAGUCCUGAGGAGGGAACGAUCUUGAUCCGAUAUAAUCUUCCCAUGGAAGUUCAAUCGAGGACUCGCCGGACUGGAGUUGUCUUUGACAGGGAUCAUCAGCGGCCGUCAAGUUCUCGGUCGAGGUCAUGUGAUAGAGCCCGGCCCCACUUUUUCAAAAUAAUUCUCCCAUAUUCCAUGGAUGACAUGAAACUGAGGCUCCCAACAAAAUUUGUUAGGGAAUUUGGUGAUGAACUGUCCACUGUUGCAGUACUCACUGUUCCCAAUGGUUGCAGUUGGAAAGUGGGAUUGGAGAAAGCUGAAAACAUGAUUUGGUUUCAUGAUCAUGGCUGGGAGGAUUUUGUACAUCAUCAUUCUAUCCAGAAAGGCUACUUUUUAGUCUUCAAAUACGAAGGGGAUUCAAACUUCCAUGUUAUUGUCUUUGAUCUUACUGCUACAGAGAUCAUGUAUCCCUCUAAUGAAGAUCAUGAAAAAAUGACCCAAAAUCCAAAAUUGGGAAACCAGGUUGAAAUCAUUGAAGCAGAUAGUUCAGUCGAAGAAUCAGGGCAGCGCAAUUUGGACAAAAAUGAAAUGUCUACUGAAUUACAUGAUGAUCAUCAGUUGUUCACAAAACAAGAAGAAGACACAGAAAUGAGAAGUUUUUCUGAUGUGUCUUCAAGAAGAAGAAUCAUAAGGUCCAGAGUAAAAGAAAUGGCAAAGCAAGCAGCCGCAAUGUUCAAGCCUAGAAAUCCUCAUUUCAUCUCUAUCCUUCGGCAAUAUAAUCUAACCAACGCUUUUGUGCCAUUGCCGAGGGGAUUUGCUUCCAAGUAUCUAAGCGGGAAAAGAGCUAUCGAACUUGAGGAUUGUGAAGGAAAGCAGUGGCCUUGCGUGUGUCGUCGAACCAUUGGUACAAACGCGCCCUCAAGAAUCGGGAAGGGAUGGAAUGCAUUUUGGAAAACCCAUAAUUUAAAAGUAGGAGAUGCUUGUGUCUUUGAGCUGAUCAAGAAGAAUGGCGUUGUGCUGAAAGUUUCAAUACUUCCAGGUGCCUGAGCCUCAAGGCAAGGACAAUUGGACCAACCACUAAUUGGCUUGUUAAAUUGUCUACUUAUUAGCUACUUUGGGAAUAUGGACGCUUGCUGCUUAUUACAUCUUAUCAGCAGCCUAAUAAUAACAAGUUUAUCAUCUUAUCUC